GUCGAGCCGUCCUGAGAACAGCUCAUCAGACGGCCAGCGCGAGCGGGUCAGCCGCUCCCCACAGGCCUGCAGGGGCUCAACGGCAUAGCAGCUGUUGACAGGCCCACCGUCCAUCUGGGAGGCCCAGCCAGGGCAACGCACUCGCCAUGUCGGCGUGCGAGGUUGACCUAUACAACGACCCGACUCUCUAUGACAAGUACGAUGUCGUUGGUGAGCUGGGCGCCGGUUCGUUCGGCAAGGUGGUGCUGGUGUGGGAGAAGGGCAAAGGGCCGGCGGGCCGUCUGUUCGCGGCCAAGGUCCAGGACUUCUCGACCUGCUGGGAGGGUAUCCCUGUCGAGGCGGUCCGCGACGUGGUGAGGUUGGGAGGCAGGGAGGGAGGGGUGGGUGGGCGUGUGAUGUGUGGCGGGUGUGGAUGUGUGUGUGGCUGUGAGUGAUGCAGGCCAUUCUGACUAAGAUGAAGCACGAGAAUGUGGCCAAGGUGUUCGAGGCCUGGGUGUCUGGCGAGGAGGGGCGGCUCUACAUGGUCAUGGAGUAUGCCUCCGGCGGCGACCUCUUCAGGUUCCUCCGCCGCAUGUUCCCACCGGUGAGCAAACCAGCAAACAGACCAAGGAAACCGACAGAGCCGACGGAUGGACCCUCGUGUGUAUGUGUGUACUCUGCUGUCAUGCAUUCGCGAAUGCAGCGAAAGGUCAAAGUGGAUCGGAUUCUGCCGCCCGAGCAGGUCAAGCGCUAUAUGUUCCAGGUACCUGAGAGAGAGGCACACACAGCCAUGGGAUGCCCCCCCCUCUGCUGUGUGUGUUGGAUUGGACAGCUGCUGUUGUCGUUGGCCCACGUUCACUCGCACGACAUCGCCCAUCGCGACCUCAAACCCGCUAACGUGCUGCUCAACAAGAGCACCACACCUGGACGGUAUGCGACAUUCCCCCCCGCCCAAACGCGUCAACCAAACCCACACACCACACACCCACACACACGUUUGUCCGUUUACGUGUCUGUGUCCGUUUACGUGUCUGUGUGGAUGCAGUGAGAAGUUGUUGUUAACCGAUCUCGGCCACGGCCGUCUCCUGGACAGCCUCGGCGCCCCGCCCGUCCGACACACCGUAAACACCGCACUGACCCAGCGGCACCAUGUGUCAGCGACACGUGUGAAUCCGUUGUCCCAUUCAUCAGAACCCGACUGAGUUGGGGACGCCAUCGUACAGAGCGCCGGAGGUGGUGCUGGGGCAGCGGACACACGGGACGGCCGUGGACAUCUGGGCUGCUGGUAUGAGGGCGGGAGGAGGGACUUACACAUGGCACCUGCGGGAUGCUUAUUGUGUGUCCAAUUGUGUCUGUCUGUCUGUCUGUCUGUGUGCAGGCUGCAUAUUGGCUGAGAUGCUCGGAUGCCGUCGCUCGCCCUUCGAUGUGAGUCAGCCACUAGCCGGCUCACCGAGCCAUGCACACACACACAGCCACACACAGCCACACACACACAGACAGAGAUAAGUGUGUGUGUGUCUGUGUGUAUGUGUGUUAGUGUCCUGUGGGUUCUGACUACGGCUCUCUGAUUAAGAUGAUCGAUUUGCUGGGGCUGCCGCCGCACAGCAGACUGCGGGUGCUCAACCUGCCGCUGUAUAACUCACACGUAUGGACACACGAAACCAAAGCACCACACACACCACACACACGAGUCCGUCCGGCUGUGUGUCUGUGUGUCUGUGCAGUACCUCAUCCUGCCGCGGAUUCCGCAGCGGAGCAAGGCCGAGGUGCGCGCCAAGCUCCAGAAGACCCUGGCCGAGGGCGAGAACGGCGUGACCAUCACUGACGAGGAGUUCGACUUCCUCUAUGAGUAAGUCAGACCAUCAGGCAUCCUCCCUCCCUCCCUCCCUCCCUCCCAUGGCUGCAUUCCUCUGUCAACUGUGUGUGUCAGUCUGAUUAGGUUUGACCCUGCUGAGCGUGUGACGGCGGCGGAGGCGGUCAACCACCCCUACUUUGACGACCUGGACAAACAGGUACCCAGCCAACCACACCACCAGAAGUGCACCUAUCCCUCACACGCAGCCCUCUCCACCUCUCCUGGCCCAUUCAUUUGUGUGUGUCUGUGUGUGUGUGUUGGGUGCAGGAGUUUCAGCACUGGGCGGCUGACGUCGGCAGCCAGUUCAUCCAGCCCUACACGCCGCACAUCGAGGUGGAGCCGGUCUACGAGCCGCCCUCCAUCGAGGCGGCCCACGCUCAGACACCUCCCCCUGCUACACCUCCCCCUGCUGCCAUCGCUGCCGCUGCCGUAGUCCCUGCUCCUGCUGCUGUCCAAGAGCAGCCCCAGGACAACGGCCGCCGAUACCACAUGCGCCCCCGGCGCAAUAAGAAGCGGGCGCCGCCGGGUGCUGUGGAUGGCGGGGUGCAGCACGGCGAGGGCGGGGGUUUGGUGAUGGCGGGCGAGGCCAAGAAGGGCCGUCUGCAGGCGGACAAGGGACAGGACGGUGGGGCUAAUGAGGUGGAGAGGAAGCGCAAGAAGCGCAAGGUGGGCUAACUGCCCCUCGCGCACACAAACGAUAGCAAAAGUGUGAGUAGCUGUCGUACACUGAGCUGGG